AUGCUCCUCUCACGUAUACUCACCGUGGUGGUUGCUCUGGCAGCCAAAGUGACGGCCCAAGAUGACAUCCAUGAGACCACAUCUCCAACGCCUACCGCAACCGAAUCACUGAGUUCAUCAAGUGUAUCAUCGACGACGUCAAGUUCAUCCGGGCCAGCAACAAUUGCUAUAGCAGUUGGCGCGAAAGGGCAUGUAUUCACCCCUAAUGAAGUCAAAGCCAAUGUCGGCGAUAUUAUCAGAUUCAACUUCUACCCUGGUGGCCAUCGGGUUGCCCGCGCGGCGUUCCAAUGGCCGUGUAUUCCAUACGAGUAUGCCACCACCAACAAGGCGGGCUUCUACACUGGCAGAUUUGACCCUCAGGUUAUCACAAACCCGCCCCCGCAUUUUGAUGUCAGGGUGAACGACACUGAGCCCAUAUUUUACUACUGCGCAGCACCAGGGUCCUGUAUUGACUACCACAUGAUCGGCGUCAUCAACCCCAAUUCGACACACACCUUCGAAGCCCAGCUGGAGGCUGCCAGGAACGCCCCGUAUCAACUCGCUCCAGGGGAACCAUUCCCAACCGAAACCGCCAGCCCUAGGCCGACUCAAUCUUCAUCUGGCUACGGCUCCCAAUCCGACCCGUACUCUUCAGGGAAUGAAAGCGACGGCAACAGCAACAGCAACAGUGGCGACGGUGGUAGCAGCGGAGGAGGCGGCGGCGGCGACGGUGGUUCGGCCCUCAGCGCGGGCGCCAUAGCGGGCAUCGCCAUCGGCGGGGCCGCCGUGCUCAUCCUCGCCGGGGCCAUCAUCUACCUCUGCGGCCGCCGGGGCGGGUUGGAAAAGGGGUUCCGCAAGUCAAUGGCAGUCGCCGCGGCUCCCGGCGUGCUCGAAGCAAACUACGGAGGGGGGCCCAAAAGCCCCGGGCAGGCGAGCAUGUCAACCUUUGCUGCGCCCGACGGCCGACAUGCGUCCUUUUUUGGACAGCAAAGUGCCAUGUCUCAUCCGCUGUCGCCUACUACUGCUCAGUUUGCGUUCGCUGGUGGCCAGGGAGGAUACGCCGCUGCAGAUGCGCAGGGGUAUCAUACCCCCCGGCAACCCUCGCCAGCCAUGCCGCCACCGCCGGCCGAACUUCCUACUCAGGAUGCUCCCAACCCCGUGCCGUCGCCACCUCCCGGCUAUGCUCCGCCCGGGGGUUCCUGGGCACCCGGCGUGAAGCCGUAA